GUUUGAAGCAUGAAAAUUUAUUCAAGUUAUUUUAUAAAAUAUUGACAACUUGGAUUUGCUACGGUUUUUAUAGCUUGGUGUUUAUUUGAAUUCAUAAGAUGAAGACUCCGCCACUUUCUGUCGUUGCAAUAUGGAUCUGUUUCAUAGGUUUUGCAACACCUAUACCAAAUUCUACGAAAAUAUUAAAUUCCACUAAAGAGUCUGUUCGAGAACGUUCCAAAAGAUAUACUAUACUCUAUCCAUGGUUGCCGUUUAAUACAGCCAUUGCGUUGGCGGUUGUUCUUGCCAUUCCACUAGAAUUGAAGGGUCGCAAUGUUUACAUGUCGUAUAAUUUUGAAACGAAUUUUUAUAUGCCGUAUUUUGAUAAAUCGCAAGGUCUUGUUCCACUGCCAUUUGCAACAAUUGAUGCAGGGGCUGUGAAUCAAGGCACAAAACUAUAUUAUCAAAAUGGAGGAGAAUUGCGUAAAUUUGAUGGCCAAGAAGAAGCUGAUGACAUAGCUGUUACCACAGAUUCAGAAACAAAUAACUCAACCGAAAAAUCUGUUUUUGCUGAUAAUGCGUAUGUGAAACAAACUCUUGGAAAAAAUGAAAACUCGAAGCAAAAAAACAAAAACACGAAGAAGGGCCGAAUAAAUCGCAAGAUUCUAUCAACGCUUCUAUCGCGGAAAAAGUUGUACAAAAUUUUGGAACAUAAAAUGGAUUUAGCUGGUUUUAAUGGGGAAGAAUGUUUAUUGAAAACGAUUUGUGAAACAGCUGAACAGUCGCUAGCAGAGCAUAACGGAGUUUUGGGUGAUAUUGUGCAUAUCAUUUUUACGCCAACAUCAUCGCGAGACGAAAAACUACCGCUGAGAUACUACGACGCGACCACAGAUGGUCAGUCUGGGUGCUGUAAAUACUACAAUACAUUAUGCCCAAAUGGAAUAUUCGAUUUCAUUACAAAAACAAUGUAAUAAAUUCUAUUCAUUUUCACCAAACGAUUAAAUCAGUGGCCGCAGUGAAUUUUGAUAGUUACAAAACUAAAAAAAAGUUU